AUGGGAAAACCUAAAAUAUUAAUAAAAAAUUUAUAUGAAAUUGUUCAGGUAACUUUAAAACAGUUAAAAAAUAGUCAGAAAAAUUUGAUUGUGUUAAAUGGACAGAUGAUGGAAGGGCUUUUAUUUUUGUUAAUCCUGAAGAAUUUUAGAAUUCAAUUAUGCCAGAAUAUUUUUAUUCAACAUAAAUUAAGUCUCUCUACCGAUAAUUGAAUUCUUAUGGAUUUAAGAUGAGAAGUUUAGAAAUGAACUAAAAAAUGUUUUCACAUAAGUGGUUUAUCAAAGGAAAUAUGUAUUCAAUAUCUUGUAUUUUAAAGAUCUUCACUUUAUAAAAUAGAGAGAUAAAAAAGUCGAAGUAAUGCUUAUUUAGAUAAAGACAAGGAUUAUUCUAUUGUUUUAAUGAGAGAAGAAAUGAAAUAGUUAAAAGAAGAAUUAGAAACCUUAUAAAUUCAAUAAAAUUCUAUAUUAAAAUAAAUUCGAAUUCAUUCUAUAAUAUAAACUUACAUUUGUAAAAACAUCAAAAAGAUUUGUGAAGAAUAAAAGAAAUUUAAUUUAGAAAGAGAAUAGGAAAGAAAGCUUGUUAUGUAUUUCACAUCAAUGUUUGAAAUAUUUAAAGGUUUUCAAUUUGAAAUAGCUUCUAAAAUAAUUCUAGAAUUAUAAGAUAUUGGAGGACCCUUAACUCCUUCAUUUUCUCCAAUGAUAUUUCCAUAUAAAUGA